AUCCAUCCACAUUGUGUGACUGAUGUGGAUGUGACUUCAGCAGCAUGGAUCAGAGUGAGGACAGAGAGGAGGGAGUCCCUCCCUCUAAAAGCUCUCUGUGUGGGGAACAUGACAGCCAGACCAAAGCUCAGAGGAGGAAGCUGGACCAACCUGAACCGAGCUGUGUGUCUAUGAAGAGUGAUCGGUCUAAGAAUCAUCCUUUUAACUUCAAAGAUGGACGCCACCCUGAUGAUCACAGAGUGGACCAGGAGAGCUCAGAGGUUCUCAGUGGUCAGUCUGCCCAGCAGCAUCAAAAACACCUGGACUCCAUAUUUAUGCUGCUGGAGGAGAACAUCGUCACUCUUGUGAAGAACGAGCUGAAGAAGAUGCAGAAGCUUCUGAGUCUAGAUGACCCAGAAUGCUUUGAGAGUCAGAGGGAGGAUGAGGAGGUGUUGGACAGUGAGGAGGAAGAGCAGAGGAGGAAGAGCAGAGAGGCAUUUCUUAAGAUCACGCUGCACUGCCUGAGGAGAAUGAAGCAGGAGGAGCUGGCUGACCGUCUGCUGAGCAUUGGACGUAAAUUCAAGUCUAACCUGCAGAAGAAGUUUGAGUGUAUAUUUAAUGGGAUCGCUAAAGCGGGAAACCCAACCCUUCUGAAUCAGAUCUACACGCCGCUCUACAUCACAGAGGGAGGGACUGCAGAAGUCAAUGGUGAACAUGAGGUCAGACAGAUUGAAACAGCAUCCAGGAAACCAGUCAGACCAGAAACAACUAUCAGACAAGAAGACAUCUUUAAAGUCUCACCUGGAAGAGAUGAACCAAUCAGAACAGUGAUGACAAAGGGAGUGGCUGGCAUUGGGAAAACAGUCUUAACACAGAAGUUCACUCUGGACUGGGCUGAAGACAAAGCCAAUCAGGACAUAGACUUCACAUUUCCAUUCACUUUCAGAGAGCUGAAUGUGCUGAAAGAGAAAAAGUACAGCUUGGUGGAACUUGUUCAUCACUUCUUUACUGAAACCAAAGAAGCAGGAAUCUGCAGGUUUGAAGAGUUCCAGGUUGUGUUCAUCUUCGACGGUCUGGAUGAGUGUCGACUUCCUCUGGACUUCCACAACACUGAGAUCCUGACUGAUGUUACAGAGUCCACCUCAGUUGAUGUGCUGCUGACAAACCUCAUCAGGGGGAAACUGCUUCCUUCUGCUCGCCUCUGGAUAACCACACGACCUGCAGCAGCCAAUCAGAUCCCUCCUGAGUGUGUCGGCAUGGUGACAGAGGUCAGAGGGUUCACUGACCCACAGAAGAAGAAGUACUUCAAGAAGAGUUUCAAAGAUAAGCAGCAGGCCAGAAACAUCAUCUCCCACAUCAAGACAUCACGAAGCCUCCACAUCAUGUGCCACAUCCCAGUCUUCUGCUGGAUCACUGCUACAGUUCUGGAGGAUGUGUUGAAAAGCAGAGAGGGAGGAGAGCUGCCCAAGACCCUGACUGAGAUGUACAUCCACUUCCUGGUGGUUCAGGCUAAACUGAAGAACAUCAAGUAUGAUGGAGGAGCUGAGACAGAUCCACACUGGAGUCCAGAGAACAGGAAGAUGAUUGAGACUCUGGGAAAACUGGCUUUUGAGCAGCUGCAGAAAGGCAACCUGAUCUUCUAUGAAUCAGACCUGACAGAGUGUGGCAUCGAUAUCAGAGCAGCCUCGGUGUGCUCAGGAGUGUUCACACAGGUCUUUAAAGAGGAGAGAGGGCUGUACCAGGACAAGGUGUUCUGCUUCGUCCAUCUGAGUGUUCAGGAGUUUCUGGCUGCUCUUCAUGUCCAUCUGACAUUCAUCAAGUCUGGAGUCAAUCUGCUGGCAGAAGAACAAACAACAUCCCAGAAGUCUGAAACUAAACAAGAAUCUGCAGAGACACAUUUCUACCAGAGUGCUGUGGACGAGGCCUUAAAGAGUCCAAAUGGACACCUGGACUUGUUCCUCCGCUUCCUCCUGGGUCUUUCACUGCAGACCAAUCAGACUCUCCUACGAGGUCUGCUGACACAGACAGGAAGUAGCUUGCAGACCAAUCAGGAAACGGUCGAGUACAUCAAGAAGAAGAUCAGUGAGAAUGUGUCUGCAGAGAGAAGCAUCAAUCUGUUCCACUGUCUGAAUGAACUGAAUGAUUGUUCUCUAGUGCAGGAGAUCCAACAGUACCUGAGAUCAGGAAGAGUCUCCACAGAUGAACUGUCUCCUGCUCAGUGGUCAGCUCUGGUCUUCAUCUUACUGUCAUCAGAAAACGAUCUGGACGUGUUUGACCUGAAGAAAUACUCUGCUUCAGAGGAGGCUCUUCUGAGGCUACUGCCAGUGGUCAAAGCCUCCAACAAAGCUCUGCUGAGUGGCUGCAACCUCUCAGAGAGAAGCUGUGAAGCUCUGUCCUCAGUUCUCAGCUCCCAGUCCUCUAGUCUGAGACAUCUGGACCUGAGUAACAACAACCUGCAGGAUUCAGGACUGAAGCAGCUUUCUACUGGACUGAAGAGUUCACACUGCACACUGAAAACUCUCAGCCUGUCAGGAUGUCUGAUCACAGAGAAAGGCUGUGUUUCUCUGGCCUCAGCUCUGCGGUGCAACCCCUCCCAUCUGAGAGUGCUGGACCUGAGAUACAAUCAUCCAGGAGACUCAGGAGAGAAGAUCCUGUCUGCUGGACUGGAGGAUCCACACUGGAGACUGGACACUCUCAGCCUGCAGCCUGCUGGAGUUCGAUGGUUGACACCAGGUCUGAGGAAGUAUUUCUGUGAACUCAAACUGGAUCCAAGCACGAUGAACAGAAACCUCAAACUGUCUGACAACAACAGGAAGGUGACAGAGGUGUUAAUUAAUCAGUCAUAUCCUGAUCAUCCAGACAGAUUUGACUACUGGCCUCAGCUGCUGUGUGGAAAUGAACUUCCUGCUCGCUGUUACUGGGAGGUCGAGUGGAGAGGAGAUGUUGACAUAUCAGUGAGUUACAGAGGAAUCGGGAGGAAAGGAAAAAGUAAUGAAUGCAGGUUUGGAUUGAAUGAUCAGUCCUGGAGUCUGUACUGCUGUGAUAAUGGUUACUCUGUUUGGCACAAUAACAGGGAAACUGUCAUCUCCUCCUCCUCCUCCUCUGUUUCUAACAGAGUAGCAGUGUAUGUGGACUGUCCUGCUGGCACUCUGUCCUUCUACAGAGUCUCCUCUGACACACUGAUCCACCUCCACACCUUCAACACCACAUUCACUGAGCCUCUGUAUGCUGGGUUUGGGCCCUGGUUUGGGUACAAGUCCAGGUUGAGGUACACUUUACUUCAGGGUGUCAGUAAGCUCUUGACAUCUUCCUCAGUGUCUCUGUGCUCAGAGGGAGAGUCUGCUACUACUUAGAGAAACAUUGCUGCUUACCUGCCUGGUAUUCCAGAAAGCAGUUUGAACAAACUCUGAGCCUGAUCCUGAACUCUGAGUUGAUGAAUCCUGAGAUGAGAAACUCCUGAAUGAAUGAGAAAAUGAAACAAUCUGUCUGGUUCUGUCAGAGGGAGAUAAACUCAGGGUUUGUUGAAGAAAACUUGCCAAUAAGCAGGUUGGGUUCACACUGUGGGUUGACCUGAGUUUCCCUCAUCUCAGGGUGAACAAACUCAGAGAUUUCACAACAAAAACCAACGAAAACCACCCAGAUAGUUCAGUCUGUACAGGAUCACACACUGAUGAUGUUAUUUGGUAACAUCUGGAUCUCUCAUUGGUUAUAAAUGUGUAAACCAAACAUGGUUUCCAAGUGAUGGACAGUUUGUUUGAAAAAUCAACCAAGUCGUUGUUGUCAUUUUGCAUUAAUACUCAGAAUAUAAAAUGAUUGUGAAUAACCAGUAAUAGUAUUUGUUUCCUGUGACAUGCUACUGCUGCUAUGUACUCUCAAUUACACUUGAAAUGAUGAAUGAGUGUUUUUUUCUAUUUACUCAUCAGUAAUUAUGUCUAAGUUUUCUAACUGAAAUCAUAGAGAUCCUUCUGAUAUUGUCUGAUCAUGUUUUUAGUUGUAGUUCCUCACUGUGACCACUGGAUGGCAGUAAAUACCACUAUCAUAACAGUUUAAUAAUGUAUGUGUUUACAUUUGUAGUGUCAUCAUCAGACUGAAUAUUAGUCGUAAAACAAUGAAGUAAAUGUGUCAUGAUGUCACUGUU